AUGGCUUCUCCAGAAAUUCAAAUUCCUGAUUCUGUUUACCCACCUAUUCCAGGGGAAAACCAUCGGUAUUAUGGAAAUAUUCAUAAGAAACAAGUAAUGCUUCAUUCCACUACCAAUGUCCGAGAUUUUUGUGAUACGUCAAGUUUUCCUCGAUAUUUUGACAACGAUGUAAUGGAUAUACACGAAGCAGCUGCCUGUGGCAAUAUAGACAGGGUAAAAGAACUGUUAGAUCCUCGUGGUGCCGGUGAAACUACUUCAUCCUUUUUGCUUGCAAACGAAGUAAGCUCAUCUGGUUUAACUCCUUUACACUAUGCCGCUUCGCGCGGUCACACGGAUAUUGUCCAAUGGUUGGUCACCGAUGCUGGGGCCAUUAUAGAUCUUGAGGACCAGACCGGUGAGACUGCUCUUCUGAAAGCUUCUUAUAAUGGACAUGUUUCUAUUGUGGCCUGGCUUUUAAAGAGUUCGGCAAAUGUUGAACAAAAAGAUAAUGAUGGAUGGACUGCUCUGCACAAUGCUUCCUCCCAGGGUCAUUUAUUAAUUGUCAAGUAUUUGUUGGAAAACUCCAAUGCUAAUGUGGACGUUAAAAGCAACAAGGGGCAUACACCAUUGAUGAAUGCUGCUUCAAAAGGACACAUCAUUGUCGUUAAAUAUCUUUUGAAUACUGGUAACGCAAACCCUUUUAUAAAGAAUUGUCUUGGUGAAUCCGCUUAUGAUAUAGCCGCUACCUCUCAGAAAGUAUAUAUCUGUGAAGUAUUGGAGAAAGCUGAACGUGAAUGGUUGAAAAAUAAAAGAUUAUUGCAAUCAAAUUGUAGUCUUAGAUACGAUACAAAUUGUAACUGCAUGCAUACAAAUGGACACACUGUUACUUUAAAUACAACUUUAUUAACUAGUUUCUUUUCUACAGCAACUUCAUUCAAUGAUCCUAUGGAUUUACCAGCCGCAAAUCAGCCAUAUGAUGUUUAUGCUUUCCAUAACACUGUACCUAUUAUUCUUCAUGAGAAUCAACGCUUGUCCUCCACUUUUAGCUUAUCUAUUCGUAAUCCUCCAAGAUACUCAGCAAGUAACCUUUUGAAGGCUGAUUACAGCCCUUGGACCCUUCAUCCUGAAGGGAAACCCUCUUCUAAGGAUGAUGUUCGCCUUCCAUUGGGGCACUCAUCGUCAUCUAUUUCAUCAAAAUCAUCGCAAAGUGACUGGUUUUGGUUUUGUGACUGGAUCGUUGAUUUUAGUUAUCCACGUGUUGACUCACAAGGAUGGCAGUAUUCUAGAAAGUUUGAAGAUCCAGAUACGUUAUGGUCAGAGGCAUUACCAUCAAAUAGUAACACUGGAGUUCGAAGAAGAAGAUGGGUACGGAUCAUGAAACGUAUUGUGAAAAUUGAUAACGUUGACGCUUUACAGCUUGCUGAAUCUCUUGUUCAAAAACACCAAGGCAACGGUAAAGCAAUGCGCCUAAUUAACAAUUAUACACAAUUAACGGAAUCACAAGGCACAAAUUCCCAUGAUAAUCCAACGGCUCCAAGUAUGUUAAAGCCACUGUCUCCUACUAGUUCAGAUGCGACAAUUACCAAUCAUGGAACACCAUCAACUGCAAGUUUUGAAACAAUUGAGCAUCCAUGGAAUGGUGAAGAUGUUUCCAAUCUUCAAGAGCCGAUUCUUGACCUUACAGCGCCUUCCACAUCGGUAUCUAUGUCUAGAACACAAACAGGUAUCGAUAUGACAAAUUCUCAAAACAAAUACAAAUGGGAAAAUGACGAGGAUGUAAGUGAAUGUCGUCUUUGUAAUAAGAAGUUUAGAUUAUGGACUAGAAGGCAUCAUUGCAGACGGUGUGGCCAAGUAGUAUGCGAUCAAUGUUCUACUGGACGAGUUGUUAUGUCACCUACACAAGUUGUUUCCGGUCCUUCAUUAAAUGAAAAUAUUGGUCAACAUUCUCAACCUCACC